AUGGAGGAGCAGCCCCAUCACCACCACCACCACCAUCAUCAUCACCACCACUACUAUUACGGCCACCACCACCACCCGCAGAGCGCCUACUUGUCGCCGUCCGACGGCCGAGCCCAGCCCAAGCCGCCGCUCCGACACGAGCACAAGCACGGCGGUCCGCCGCACCAGGAGACGCCGAAACGGAGAACAGGCUACGUCGAGCUAAAUGGUAACGCAGGAGAAAGAGAAGUGUCAUUAAAGGGCCUCUGCUCGGAUGAAACCACAAGCCCAGGAUCCAGGGUACCCAAUGGCAGCCAGCAGCUUGUAGACACUAACGUGACUCCCAAGCAGUCUGUGAAGGCCAGUGCUUUGGGAAAGACUGGAAUCAAACCCAAGAACUUCAUUCAGAAAAAUAGCAUGGACAAAAAGAAUGAGAAGUCCUACGAAAAUAAACUUAGGGAAAGCCAGUCCUCAGAGAAGCUAGAGGCUGUGUCCAUCCCCAAUGGUGUGGUAACCAAUAAUUCUGGCUAUAUCACGAAUGGCUAUGUAGGCAAAGGGGCCGACAACGAUGGCAGCGGCUCCGAGAGUGGAUAUACCACACCUAAAAAACGGAAAGGCAGGCGCAACAGCGCCAAAGGUUGUGAGAAUCUGAAUCUAGUGCAGGACAAAAUAAUGCAACAGGAGGUCAGUGCACCAACCUUAAAACAGGAACUUGAGAGUUUCAAGCCUGAUUAUAGUGAGCAGAAGGGGAACCGAAUUGAAAAUACUAAGCCUGUUUGGAAAUAUGAGGCUGGGGCAGGUGGAGCAGGCCGGGGAAAGCCUGGCCUCGGAGAUGUACAGCGGAAAAACUCUGAUGCCAAACCUGGGAUUAGCAGCAAGAAGUUUGAUGACCGGCCCAAAGGGAAGCACUCAUCGUCAGCUACAUCUAAAGAGGACUCGUGGACCUUAUUUAAACCACCCCCGGUUUUUCCAGUGGACAAUAGCAGCGCUAAAAUUGUUCCCAAAAUAAGUUAUGCAAGUAAAGUUAAAGAAAACCUCAACAAAGCAGCUCAAACCCCAUCCGUGUCAUCUUCGUCGUCUUCAUCAUCUGCUGGGGAAACUCAGGCCCAAACAUCAAGUCGACUGUCCCAGGUCCCCAUGUCUGCGAUGAAAUCUGUGACUUCUGCUAGCUUCUCGAAUGGGCCAAUUCUAGCAGGGACUGAUGGAAGUGUCUAUUCUCCAGGGACCCAGCCACUGCUCUCAUCUGCUGCUAGUACUGUACCAUCAACCUCCUCUGAGUCAGUACCCCAGGACACGAGUACAGCUUCAGCAGCUCUGGAACAAAAGAAAUCUAGCCUUUUCAUCUACCCUUCAAAUAUGCAAACUGUGCUUCUGGGUUCAGCACAAGUCGAUUUCCCAUCGCAGACAAAUCAGCAGAACCUGGGAGAUAUCUUCCAGAAUCAGUGGGGCUUGUCUUUCAUAAACGAGCCCAGCGCUGGACCUGAAACUGUUGUGGGGAAAUCUGCAGAUAAUCAGUUAAUGGAAGUGACAUUUCAAGGGGAAUAUCCUGCCACCUUGGUUUCGCAGUGUGCUGAAAUCAUUCCCUCAGGAACUGAACAACCUGUGUUUCCUAAGGCUUAUGAGCUGGAUAAACGGACUAACCCUCAAAUUCUUAGUGCUAUUCUUAAGCCUGGGACUGCUGUUGAGGGUGGUGUCUUAGCUUUGGAGUCGCAUCACACAGGUGACCUACAAAAGGCAGACACCAGUAGCCAAGGUGCUUUAGUGUUUCUUUCAAAAGACUAUGAAGUAGAGAAUCCUCUGGCCUCUCCUACGAACAAUUUGCUAGCCUCCACCAAAGAACAGAGGUACCAGAGAGGCCUAGAAAGGAAAGAUAGCUGGGGUUCUUUUGACCUGAGGGCUGCUGUUCUAUAUCACACUAAAGAAAUGGAAUCAGUUUGGAAUUUGCAGAAGCAAGAUCCCAAAAGGAUAAUCACUUACAAUGAAGCCAUGGAUCGCCCGGAUCAAUGAAGGUAGCAA